AUGUUUAACCCCCGACCUCUUCAAGGGGCCAGUCCGUCCUUGACCCUGCGACCCAGCGCUGAAAGAUCGCCAGCAAAGUUCUGCGAGAACGGACGUGUGUACAUCACAGAUCCCACAACAGGUCAGAACGUGUGUUUGUGCCAGCUUGAGAAUCACUCAGCCCACAGCUUUCAGAGCCACCCAGCCCUCAGAGGGCUGCGGGGGCUUCCAUCCAGACCCAGCUUUGGGGAUAUGCACAAUUAUCAGACACAG